AUGGCGACGGCGGCGGCGGCGGCGGCGGCGGCGGCGGCGGAGGGGCAAGAACAGAAACAGGAGGAGUUACCGGACUCACCUCUCGUACCAAGACCUUGCUACCAACAGUCUCUGAAUCUUCAGUGGGAACUCUCCAAAACUACGGGCCGUCAAACUGAUGGCUACUCUGGCCCUGCGCAGCAUUGCCGGUACCCGGAGGGCGGGUGGUGUUUUAAGGACGUCUACUGCUUCCGUCGACAGAAUGCUCUCUUUCCUGGCCUAAAAACAAAGUUACAGCCAUCUGAGGAGUUAGGCUCUCAUCUGUGA